AUUACUUUACUCUUUGCUCAAUACAAACCACUAACAAUUCGUAGAAUUAUAGGUUAGAAAUUAGAAAACAACUCGUUUUUUUAUUGUUUAUCUCUUAAGAACUUAAUUGUAAUCUCAUAAACUUUUAAGCGGCAUCUAAGUACAUUUUUACAGCAAUUUUCUAAAAUGCCAACAUGGAAUCAAAUUCAGUCUCAACUUCGAAACCCAAACAAUCCUGUUGUAUUUUUUGAUAUUACAGUAGGAACUACAGAAAUCGGGCGAAUGAUUUUUGAAUUGUUUGCAGACGUCGUACCUAAAACUAGUGAGAACUUCAGAGAAUUUUGUACAGGGGAGUACAGAAGAGAUGGUGUACCGCUGGGAUAUAAAGGAGCUACUUUCCACAGAGUCAUUAAAGACUUCAUGAUCCAAGGUGGAGACUUUGUCAAUGGUGAUGGUACUGGUGUCAUGAGCAUUUAUGGAGGAAGCACUUUUGCUGAUGAAAACUUUGUGUUAAAACAUGAUUCACCUGGAUUACUUUCAAUGGCAAACAGUGGUAAAGACACUAAUGGUUGCCAGUUCUUUAUAACAUGUGCUAAGUGUAACUUUUUAGAUAAUAAGCAUGUUGUGUUCGGAAGAGUCAUUGAUGGACUACUUGUAAUGAGAAAAAUUGAAAAUGUGCCCACUGGACCCAACAAUAAACCUAAAAUACCUGUCACAAUAUCACAAUGUGGGCAAAUGUAAAUAAAAUGCUGUUGACAAUA